UAUUCAUUUUGGGUCAUAUCUAAAUUGUACUUAAUAUUUAUUCUUGUCAUAAUUGACUUUUAUCUUUAUCAUAUUUUACAGAUGGGGAUCUCAGUGAAGGAUGUCAAUGCACAUGAUUUUACUAGGGCCUUUGCUGCCUUUUUAAAAAAGUCUGGUAAAAUGAAGGUGCCAGAGUGGACUGACUUUAUCAAGACCGGAAGAUUCAAGGAGCUAUCCCCCUAUGAUGUCGACUGGUAUUUUAUUAGGGCUGCAUCUAUCUGCAGACACUUGUACAUCAGAUCACCAGCUGGAGUCGGAGCUUUUGAGACCAUCUACGGAGGUCGCCGCCGACGUGGAACUGCCCCAAGUCAUUUCUGUAAGGCCACUGGAUCCAUCUCCAGACGUCUGUUACAGAGCCUUGAGAACCUGAAGAUUGUGGAGAAAGACCCAAAUGGUGGCCGCAGGCUGACCUCACAGGGCAGACGUGAUUUGGACAGAAUUGCCGCCCAGAUCAAGUCAAAGAAAACAAGUGAUAUGUGAUCUGUAAAUAAAUGAAAAAAACAUUGAAAA